AUGUCGAAUGUGAGUAACUUUCCGAAUUUUUUUUACAUUUUUCAAUUUAUUUUUCAGAAGGAUGAUGGUCAACGAAAGAAGAAAGAAUCGGUUGUUGAUCUGUCAAGGUUUAUCGACAAAAAGGUGCGCGUGAAGUUCCAAGGCGGAAGAGAAGGUUAUUUUUUGGAUUUUCAACUUCAAAUAAUUAUUUGGGAUUCUAGCAAGUGGAAUCCUAAAAGGUUACGAUCAGCUGCUUAACCUAGUUCUGGACAAUUGCGUAGAAUACCUUCGGGAUCCAGAAAAUCCAAGCGUUGUAGGGGACGAAACAAGGUAUUUUUGCAAUUCUUAUUUUUAAUGGAAUCAAAUAUCACUAUUAAAGAUCUCUGGGACUUAUCGUCGCCCGAGGGACCGCCGUCACCGUCGUUUGCCCUGCCGAUGGAAUGGAACAGAUCGAAAAUCCAUUCGCCAAUCCUGAAGAGUGA